AUGGGUGAUGUUGAGAAAGGCAAGAAGAUCUUUGUUCAGAAGUGUGCCCAGAGCCGCAGUGUGGGAAAGGGGGGCAAGCGUAAGACUGGGCCCAAUGUCCACGGUCUUUUUGGGUGGAAGACAGGUCAGGCCGCUGGAUUCUCCUACACAGAUGCCAACAAGAACAAAGGUUAUCACCCGGGAGGGGAUACCCUGAUGGAGUAUUUGGAGAAUCCCAAAAAGUACAUCCCUGGAACAAAAAUGAUCUUUGCUGGAAUUAAGAAGAAGGGAGAAAGGGCAGACCUAAUAGCUUGUCUUAAAAAGGCUACCAAUGAGUAA